UUAUAUGCAUAUUCUAUCAUUAUAUUAUAACCGCUCUAUCGCUUUACCCUUAUCUCUAGUAUUUUUAUUCAUUCUUUCUCGGGGUUUUCGUCCAUAUACAAAUGGCUACUUCCACCCUCACCGGUUUGUUGAACCAUGUCGCCGCUAUAUUCCCUUCUCGCCGUGCCAUAUCUGUCUCCGGAAAGUUCGAUCUCACCCAUGCACGACUCAAUCAGCUUGUGGAAUAUGCCGCCGCUCAGCUUCUCGCCGCUGGCGUUAAGCCUGGCGACGUCGUCGCGCUUACCUUCCCCAACACCGUUGAGUUUGUUGUAAUGUUUUUGGCUGUGAUACGAGUCCGAGCGACGGCAGCGCCGCUGAACGCUGCGUACACUUUUGACGAAUUCGAGUUCUAUUUGUCGGACUCAGAAUCGAAACUUUUGCUCACUUCAAAAGAAGGCAACGAGCCUGCUCAAGCCGCGGCAGCGAAGCUCAACAUUCCUCAUCUCUCAGCCACCCUGCCAACGGCCGAUUCAGACAUCAUAUUGUCUCCAACUCAGUCAAAUUUUGACACUGACACGCUCGCUAAACUCACUAACGACCCAUCCGACGCGGCACUCUUCCUCCACACAUCCGGCACCACAAGCCGACCCAAAGGCGUGCCGUUGACUCAGCAGAAUCUGUACUCAUCGGUGCAAAAUAUAAAAUCUGUGUAUAAAAUAACUGAAUCAGACUCUACUGUGAUUGUUCUGCCAUUGUUUCACGUGCACGGCUUGUUAGCCGGUUUAUUGAGCUCACUUGGCGCCGGAGCCGCCGUGGCUCUUCCUGCCGCCGGGAGAUUCUCAGCUUCCACUUUUUGGUCCGAUAUGAAUAAGUACAAAGCCACCUGGUACACGGCGGUGCCAACAAUCCAUCAAAUCAUACUCGAUCGCCACCUCAGCAGCCCCGAACCCGUUUACCCGAAGCUUCGGUUCAUCCGAAGCUGCAGUGCGUCUUUGGCGCCUGCGAUUAUGUCUCGGUUAGAGGAGGCAUUUGGUGCGCCAGUUUUGGAGGCGUACGCUAUGACGGAGGCUACACACUUGAUGGCGUCAAAUCCGUUGCCCGAGGACGGCCCACAUAAGCCUGGGUCGGUUGGUAAACCGGUGGGUCAGGAGAUGGCUGUAUUAGAUGAGAAUGGAGUUGUCCAAGGUGCUAAUUCGAAUGGCGAGGUCUGCAUAAGGGGCCCGAAUGUGACAAAAGGGUACAAGAAUAACCCGGAGGCCAAUAAAUCAGCUUUCCAGUUCGGGUGGUUUCAUACAGGAGACUUGGGGUUCUUUGAUUCAGAUGGAUAUUUGCAUCUUGUUGGCAGAAUCAAGGAAUUGAUCAAUCGCGGAGGGGAAAAGAUAUCACCAAUCGAAGUUGAUGCUGUCCUAUUGUCACAUCCUGAUAUUGCUCAAGCUGUUGCAUUCGGCGUUCCGGAUGAUAAAUAUGGAGAAGAAAUAAACUGUGCGGUUAUUCCCAGAGAAGGCUCAAACCUUGACGAGGCAGAGGUUGCUAGGUUCUGCAAGAAAAAUCUUGCUGCUUUCAAGGUUCCAAAGAAGGUUUUUAUCACUGAUUCACUCCCUAAAACUGCUACUGGGAAAAUCCAGCGGCGAAUUGUGUCGGAGCACUUCCUUGCACAGAUAUCUACUGCUAAGGUCCCCAAGUUUGGAGCCUAAACUGCUGGUUUUGAAGGAAACGAGAAAAUCUGUCGUCGUUAUACCUACCAGAUGAAUGGCUUCUAAAUAAAAUUAUCAAGAUUUUACACCUGGGGACGGAAAGUAUAUUAUAGUGGUCCAGAGACUAGACUUUUUAAGUCUGAAGCAAUUGAAGGUUUUUUACUUUGGUCGUCAAGGGAUUUUCUGAUACGUAGCACAUCAUUCUUUAAUCAGUUUAAUGCUGCAGUUGGUUAACCCUGUAACCAAAAUAGUCUCGUCACUGGAAUUCUACAUGUUGAAUUCCGGAAUUGUGUUUAAGGCAGAAGCAAAUAGUAUUUUACUUUCUUUCAGCACGCUUAAA